GCAGAAAGUUCCGCGUUUCCAAAACAAUCUUCUUGCUGGUUAGUAGCAUUACGCCUUUCCCCAAAGAACUCCGUCGGCAUUUCUUCUUAAAAUACCACCGACAUAAUUGGACGUUCACCUUCAUAAACCUCAUACAUGAGCCAAUAACUCGUCUCGUUUGCAGUGAAAUCUUCAAAAGGUUGUCGUCCAAGUUAUGGACCGAAUGCUGUCGAUAGUUGAACUGAAAACGUCGGGAAAAAGAUGUCUUUGAUACGAGUGGUUCUUCCUGGCAAAGCUGGUCAGACUCUGGUUGGAUCAGAUGGUGGUGGCAAGUCCCCGGUACGACCCGCACCUCAUCAUGCUGAGGACGUCCUCGCUGAACAAGCAGCACUGAAGAGGGCGACAAGCUCAAUCCAAAGGCAAGGUGACGGUUCUUCGAACGAAGCCAUUCCAACCCACCCGAGCAAGAGCUGCACGGACCCGCCUGGUUCCCGGCGACCACUAACCCAGCAGUUCGACAGCUCCCACAGUAUCGACGACAUCGCCGUGUGUUUACCAGCCAUAAACUACACUAGAGCGCAUGCCCGUGAGGAUGCCAGAUGCCAAUACACAAUACCGGGCCAUCUACCCACUCUCCAGCGGUCCAAGAAAACAACGCAGCUUAAAGUGAGCCACCACCCUUCUGACUUACACGCAUCGACUCGGAGUGAAGGAGCAGCGACCGCGAUCAACGUCGUGUUGUCAAUUGAAGGCCAAGAUCUCAAACUGCCCCCUCCCCGGGACCGAUCGAGUCCGAGGCAAGACCACCAGAAACAAAGACACCGACUACGUAUUAGAAGAGUGGCCGGCGGUUUGGGUUUUCUUCCGUGCCGAUACCAGAAUGAGGACAUUCGUUCCUUGGAGGAGGGGUUAAAGACGCUGCUUCUGUGUCAAUCCAUGGGCGUUAUUAUUCAGAUCACGAGACACCGAGACGAUAAUGGCAGUCUGGCACAGCCGGUGUUCCACUGCGACAGGUGCCUCAGACACUGGGCCGUUCAUGGCCGGCCUCCUCCCGACUGCCAGGAGCCCGAGAGUCGUGUGAGCGGCCCAAGCUUUGCCUUAACGAGUCGCAGCCACGAAAUACUCCAGAAAUUCGCCCAAUUGACCCCAAUCGACAAGCAAUGCUUUCUGGAGGCCAUUCAGGCCGAGACCGUCCCAACAACUCGAGGGGGAGACGGCUUUUGUCUAACGGAAUCUCAUCGACGUAACCAAACAGGGAUGGGUAGACAGGGGGAUCUGAAGAGGCCCGCAGCAGGGAUGGGGGACAAGGAAGCAAUAACAGUUUGGAAUCUGAAGAGUCAACUUUGGCAAGUGGCCGAGGAUCUUGAAAGCAAUCUCUCCACCCAUCGAAGCCUACAUGAAGGCGGGCAAAACUUUGCAAAAUCAUUGCCGAACGACGUACCGAAAGCCUUGCCCUCAAAAACAAACCAAGAGGAAGUGACCAAGGACCCCACCUCAUCCGCAGAGGGUGAACCCAGCUGCGAGAGUGAGCAGGCGGAUACCGUUAGCAGCGAUGAAAGAGACACCAGGGGAGGUCCCGAUUGCCACACUGGGCAGGGAGGAAGUGAUCCCUCCAUCGUUGAUCCAGUUAGCAUAAAUACGGGGUUGAGGACACCAGUAGCCGACCAAGCAUCAUAUCUCUCUAAGAAUCACAUCAUCAACUUGGACAAAGACAUGAAGUUUCAGACAGGGGAAAGUGCAUUACCUUUGAACUCUAUCAAAGUCAAUCAAGUGCCGGUAGACAUCCACGCAAACUAUCCCGGUUUUGAGAGUCCCGAAACGGACGGCCACGAAUCAAACGAAGCAAGCCUUCAGCAAGAACCUGUUCCUAAGGAAGAGAGACAGAACACUGGUGAAAAUUGUUCACCUCAGUACGAUUCUUUCAACGGUGGAAAAGACAAGAUCCCUGACGGAAACUUCCUGUCCUGCUCCCAAGACUUGGCAGAUGAGCCACCUAGCUCAAAGACAGUGGAAAGUCCAGUCCCGCAUUGCACCAUACGAAACUGCAUUACGGACACAGAAAUAGAUUUUGUAACCAACCACCGGAUCUUUCAGGACAGCGAACAAUUAUUUGAAGAUGACACAGCUGCUCAUGCAGUCUCAAAAGUAACCGUUACCAGGAGCAGACUCUUACAGUAUCUUUCCUACGGAGCAGCUUCGUUCAAUAACUCUGCAGGCGCUGACGAAGUCGAAACCAAUGAAUCCUUUGAGAAACUCAUCAAUGGUCCAGACGAUCUCGGCGUCAGUGAUAAUAAAGAUGGAAACAGACCACUGCCAUCCCAAGGAAAGGGAAACCGUCAGAAGAUUCCAAGCUCAAAAGGUGGUGUGGGGAAGGGUUUGGCCGGGCAGAAAAACCGGCGUGACGGCAGCAUCAGCUACAUGGGCGUAAUUGAAGACGAGGAAGAAACCUUGGACAGAAGCACCUCAGGUGAAGGCAACGACUCGUCGAGAGGAGGCCGCGGACAUACCAUUAGGGGAAGUAAAUCAGCUUCCAGGGAUCAAAACGCGGUUCCCAUCAGGAACACUGCCGUUCGGAACGUGACAGGAAAGCCAGACACGAGACCGGGGAACUUGGAGCAGCACGUGUUCGCGACACCAAGGGAAACCCUUGCGCAGUCGAAUGCCUUUGGCGCGGCUCACAAAUCACCCGAGAACAUAGCUCAUCAAUCGUCCGAUGAGGGUCUGACAAAGGCUACUUUCAAGCAAAAGAUCCACGAUAACGGGAAUAACGGCUUAGAGUCCGGAUCGAGCGUUCAGUCCAGCUCUGCUCCUCGCCGGGAAUCGUUGGGGUCUCAUGCGGCAGCCACGGCGCUUCCACCACUGGGCACAGUACCGGGACAGUUACCGUCGUUGAAUGUCCACGAUACGGAGCAAAGAUCCAGAACCAAGGACAGGAAGAGAUCUCUGGGGCUGCCUAGGACUGACCAUGCACGGCGUGAGUUUGUCAAUAGAAAAGAGGAGGAAGGACCCACCGCAGGUUGGGACACAGGAAGAGAGCCAAUGUGUGACCCCAGAGCGAGUAGAAAGCAACCUCCACCCCGUGCAGGGGAGGAAUUUGAUACUUCCAAGAGACAAAGUCUUGCAAGACAACAGGUAUCAGGUGGGAAACCAAACACUCAAGAUUAUUUUGCCGACGAUGUAAACACAAAAGAAAACGGUGAGAAAGGCGAGAGAGGAGAAAAAUCAACAGGAUUUCUUCCGGCAAUUGCAUCCGCAAAGGAAGACCUAAUGCCGAAAGAGAUGGAUGAUCAGCUUAUGCGGGAACGGGAAGCCAAAUCACCGAUGAAGUCUCUCUUCAGUCAGUUUGACAAUUUCGAAUUGAGUUUAUCCCCGCCGCCAGCGGGUUCCCUGCACCCUGUCUCCACCGACAAAUCCUUUCGAAUGACUUACUCUACUCUACCGAGGACCUUUGACUGGGACACUGCUAGGCAGCCCCCGGGAGUGACCAGGCGAACUCCAUCCCCGCAGCGUACGGGGCCGGUCAGUGAUCUCUCCCAGUUACCGGCAGACCAAGCUCUCAAUGCCAAAUUGAUGAAGCCGUCCAUGGUGGUACGUCCCAGCAGCCGCGACUUCUACGACAAGUCGGCGCGUACGCCGUCCAGGGUUUCCGGCAAGAAGACCGACGUCUACUCGUCCAGCAGCGAGACGUCCCGGGCGAGCUCACCGGCCGAGAGCGUCUGGGAGACGGUCAGCGAGGUGUGGCGGAGGCACGCCCUCGAGCUACAGAAACUGGAACGGAUGGUGGCCCUCAACUUUCUGCCGCUCACGUCGGCGUUCACCUUCUCCGUGUUUGAGAUCCCGCCCCAGUAUCUGGCGCAUAACCGCUCGCUGCGGGAGCAGGCCAUGCAGAUCAGGAGAUUAAAGAGGCCGAAGAAGAUCGUGAUGAAGUUUGCGAGUAAGGAACAGAGGGAGGCCGCGAUGAAGCCGCCUCAGAUAAGACGGCGGGUCAAACCGGUGGCAUGAGGCGGAAUAAUCAAAGAAUUUGGAGGAAAAUAUAAUGACCUAAAAGGUUUCGAUCACUGAUAAUAAAUGGUGCGAUAGGGUAUCAUUACUUUGAGGUACAUAUAAAUCUCAUGUGGGGUCACUGUGAGUUAAGGUAGGAUGGGACUAUAGGGUAAGGGAAAGGUUAUGUUCCGUUGCCGUGCGGUCUCAAUCUUUGGCGAGUAAUUCGACAGGAACUUGGUAAGUAAAAUGUUCUGCGAACAUCAUGAGAUUUAAAGGCGACUUUCCAUGCACGUCAACACUUGCACCAAGCGUUGCGUAUGUAAACGUCAAAAUCGCUCCCGGGUGAUUUUGACAGCCGAACG